AAGGGAUGACACUGUGGCUUUAAUAAUGGCACCGACGUCUAAAGGCUUCCUUCCAAACUUGGCGUUUGGACUUUUGCAGAAGUGACGGGACCGGUGGUUGUAAUUUGAGAGGGAGGGGAGAGAGAGAAAGAAAGAGAGAGAUCCUACGGCCAAAAGCCAAGAUCCCGCGUUACCACCACCAAUCCAGAUGUAGCAGCAAAAGGGUAGCAAACCAAGCGGCUUCAGGCAGGUCUAGCUACAAAAUCUCUCUCUCUCUCUCUCUCCUUUUGCUCGCACGUUUCUUUACUUGGAAGGCAGAGUGGAGGGAGGAGGAAAAACGUGCUGGAGGUGCAUGGGGAACUUGGAGGGAAAGAAAUAAAAAAACAACUCCUCCCUAGGGCUCGCUCGCUCGCUCUCUCCCCGCGCACACAACUUCCCACCUCCAGGACUAGAGACGAUCUCGUGGGUGACUCGAGAGAUCUUUUUCAGGAGAAGCCAAACUGCGAGCCCCAAUGAAACCCCGCGCGGAGGGCGAGAGGACUUGAUCUUCCGCGCUCCGCCGCCGCCGUCUGCCUUCGCCCGCCGUCGGGGAGCCGCUUCUCUUUCUUUCCCCUUGGCCGGGAUGGGGCUGUCCCUGGGGCUUCGCCUGGUGGGGCUGCUGGGCUGCUUGGGCAGCGUGUGCCGCGGCUACUUCGACGGGCCGCUGUACCCGGAGAUGUCCAACGGGACGCUGCACCACUACUUCGUGCCCGACGGCGACUACGAGGAGAACGACGACCCGGAGAAGUGCCAGCUGCUCUUCAGGGUGAGCGAGCGGCGGCGCUGCUGGGCGACCGAGGAGGAGCAGCGGGCGGCGGCGGCGGCGGCGGCCCCCGGCCUGACCCUGCGCGAGGAGUUCACCGUCCUGGGCCGGCAGGUGGAGGACGCGGCGCGGGUGCUCGAGGGCAUCCGCAAGAGCAUCUCGUACGACCUGGACGGCGAGGAGAGCUACGGCAAGUACCUGCGCCGCGAGGCCACGCAGAUCGGCGACGCCUACGCCAACUCGGACAAGUCCCUGGGCGAGCUGGAAAACAAGUUCCGGCAGGGCCAGGAGCACGAGAGCCGCGAGGGGAGCCGCCUCAGCGAGGACUUCGCCGGCAUGCUCGUGCACGCGCGCGCCCUCCUCAAGGACACGCUGGCCGUCUCGGCGGGCCUCCGGGACAAGUACGAGCUGCUCGCGCUCACCGUGCGCAGCCACGGCACGCGCCUCAGCCGCCUCAAGACCGAGUACCUCAAAGGCUGAGGAGGACGAGGUCGCCGGCGACGCCUCCACUCGGGACCUUUCGCCGCCCCACAACAAACAGCUCGCCAAGGCGCGGAAACCCUCCGCGCGCGUAAUUUGCGCGCCUUCCCUUCUGCUAUUCGAAACAGCGGCUGUGAUUUGUCAGUCAUAUAAUCCUUCCCGCGUAGCACUUUGAAAGUGCAAAGGAACCCGGGAGGCUGUGGUUCUCCUCAGGGGACAGGUUGUUGUGGGGCUAUAUUAAAGGACAGCAAGCUGGCAAUUAA